AGCCGUUGCGCCCGGCAUACAGCAAGCGCAAGGAGAUUGAACAUGGUUAUGCAUCCGUGAUUCAAAGACAAGCUACGCAUUCCCAAAACGCUAAUCCACAUACUAGGAUAAUUCAGUUAGGAUGCACACGGACGAUAAAGACAAGGGUCGGGGAGAUGGAAAGAGUGCGUCGCCAUGGACCAACGGCUUCUCGAAAAGCACCGCAUGGACAGCCACGCUGCGUCGAAAGGGGUACUGCUCGUUCAACCCUAAAUAUACAGUAGAAAAGGAGCAAGAACGCCGCACUAGGAGGAACGAUCGUCAACGUGCCAACCGCAAGCGCCAGCGAGAGAACGUGGAGGAGGAGGAGGAGGAGGCACACGGACGAGAAACAAGAAACGGUCACGUUUGCUCCGCUUCGCAAGGCCUCCGCGAGCGGCACAACCGCAUGAUUCACCUCCGUCUCCUAUGUUGAGAACAGACAUGACACGGACCCAUAUGUGGCUGCAAAGGCGAGUAAAAGUAAGAAGGAUUUGGACAGAAGUGCAACAAGUGGUUGCGGUGCAGAU